AUGCCCCCGGCACCUAGCAUCUUCAACUUCGACUGGAAUAUAAUCGCCCAACAAUUCGCCUACCAUCCGGAAACCCCGUUGGGAAUCGCAUCCCUACUCAUCGAUCAAGUCCGAAUAAAGGGGGAACGCCAGUUCGAAUGUUCUGUGUGCCUGAAGAGAUUCAAGCGGUCAUCUACUCUCUCGACGCAUCACUUGAUUCACACCAACGUGCGACCAUUCCCUUGUCCUUACUGCGGGAAACGGUUCCACCAGAAAUCCGACAUGAAAAAACAUACGUUUAUCCAUACCGGUGAGAAGCCGCAUAAAUGUGUCGCCUGCGGCAAGGCAUUCUCGCAGAGUUCGAACCUCAUCACCCACACCCGACGGCACACGGGACUCAAACCUUUCCAGUGCCCUCUGUGUGGCUUAUCCUUCAACCGUAAAAUCGAUCUCCGCCGGCAUGAAGAAAGCAAACUCUGCAAUAUAUUGGAUCGUAUGUGCAAGGGCAAAUCCGACGCGCAAACUUCAUUGACCUCUCAAACCCACGUAGAUCUCACGUCAUAUCUCUUGCGAGAGAAGAAGAUUUGA